GGCCAGCCUCCUGGGGCACAGAGCAGAAGGGAGAAGGGUAGAGAGAAGAGCUGGAGGAUCACAUGGGCAAUAUCCAGCAAGGACAACAUCGUAAUAUGCCAGCAAUCCCUAACUCCUUGACAGGGCCCGGGAUGGCGCUCCCGACGACGGCAGUGCUUGUUUUCUUCUUCCUGCACCCCACCCUCUCCCUGAACCCUGAGGACCCCAACGUGUGCAGUCACUGGGAGAGCUAUGCCGUGACUGUCCAGGAAUCGUACGCACACCCCUUCGACCAGAUCUACUACACGCGCUGCACAGACAUUCUCAACUGGUUCAAGUGCACCAGGCACCGGAUCAGUUAUAAGACGGCGUAUCGGCGUGGCCUGCGGACCAUGUACCGGCGGAGGUCCCAGUGCUGCCCGGGCUACUAUGAGAACGGAGACUUCUGCAUACCCCUGUGUACAGAAGAGUGUGUGCACGGCCGCUGCGUCUCCCCAGACACCUGCCACUGCGAGCCCGGAUGGGGAGGACCCGACUGCUCCAGCGGCUGCGACAGUGACCACUGGGGCCCCCAUUGUAGCAACCGGUGCCAGUGCCAGAACGGUGCCCUCUGCAACCCCAUCACUGGUGCCUGCGUGUGUGCUGCCGGCUUCCGCGGCUGGCGCUGUGAGGAGCUCUGUGCACCCGGCACCCACGGCAAGGGCUGCCAGCUGCCAUGCCAGUGCCGCCACGGCGCCAGCUGCGAUCCCCGCACUGGCGAAUGCCUCUGCACACCCGGCUACACCGGCGUCUACUGCGAGGAGCUGUGCCCACCCGGGAGCCACGGGGCUCACUGUGAGCUGCGCUGCCCCUGCCAGAAUGGGGGUACCUGCCACCACAUCACUGGCGAGUGUGCCUGCCCCCCAGGCUGGAUGGGAGCGGUGUGUGCCCAGCCCUGCCCACCAGGGACAUUCGGCCAGAACUGCAGCCAGGACUGCCCCUGCCACCACGGAGGGCAGUGUGAUCACAUGACUGGACAGUGCCACUGCACAGCCGGAUACAUGGGGGACAGGUGUCAAGAGGAAUGUCCCUUUGGGACCUUCGGCUUCCAGUGCUCCCAGCGCUGUGACUGCCACAACGGGGGCCAGUGUUCACCCACCACAGGCGCCUGCGUGUGCGAGCCUGGCUACAAGGGCCCCAGCUGCCAAGAGCGGCUGUGCCCGGAGGGCCUGCAUGGCCCACGCUGUACCUUGCCCUGCCCCUGUGAUGCCGACAACACCAUCAGCUGCCACCCUGUAACUGGAGCCUGCACCUGCCAGCCAGGCUGGUCUGGCCACCACUGCAACGAGUCCUGCCCUGCUGGCUACUAUGGCAAUGGCUGCCAGCUGCCUUGCACCUGUCAGAACGGCGCCGACUGCCACAGCAUCACGGGGGGCUGCACUUGUGCACCAGGCUUCAUGGGAGAGGUCUGUGCAAUUCCUUGUGCAGCAGGGACCUACGGCCCCAAUUGUUCAUCUGUUUGUAGCUGUAGCAAUGGUGGCACCUGUUCCCCGGUAGAUGGUUCCUGCACCUGCAAAGAAGGGUGGCAGGGCCUUGACUGCACCCUGCCAUGUCACAGUGGGACAUGGGGCCUGAAGUGCAAUGAGAGCUGCACCUGUGCCAAUGGGGCGGCCUGCAGCCCCACAGAUGGCUCUUGCUCCUGCAGUCCCGGCUGGCUGGGAGACACCUGUGAACUGCCCUGCCCGGAUGGCACGUUUGGGCUGAACUGCAGUGAGCACUGUGAUUGCAGCCACGCCGAUGGCUGCCAUCCCGUCACAGGCCACUGCUGCUGCCUGGCUGGCUGGACAGGCAUCCGCUGCGACAGCAUGUGUCCACCUGGUCGAUGGGGCCCCAACUGCUCUGUCUCCUGCAGCUGCGAGAACGGUGGCUCCUGCUCCCCAGAGGAUGGGAGUUGCGAGUGUGCACCUGGUUUUCGGGGACCCUUAUGCCAAAGAAUCUGCCCCCCUGGGUUCUAUGGCUACAGCUGUGCCCAGCCGUGCCCCCUCUGCGUGCACAGCAGUGGGCCCUGCCACCAUGUCAGCGGCAUCUGUGAGUGCCUCCCUGGAUUCUCUGGAGCCCUAUGCAACCAAGUGUGUGCUGGAGGGCACUUCGGGCAGGACUGUGCCCAGCUUUGUGCUUGUGCCAAUAAUGGGACCUGCAGCCCCAUCGAUGGCUCCUGCCAGUGCUUCCCCGGAUGGAUUGGCAAGAAUUGCUCACAGGCUUGCCCCCCAGGAUUCUGGGGUCCAGCCUGCUUCCACACAUGCAGCUGCCACAAUGGGGCGAGCUGCAGUGCUGAGGAUGGGGUCUGCCUCUGCACCCCUGGCUGGACUGGACUCUUCUGCACACAGCGCUGCCCAGCAGCGUUCUAUGGGAAGGACUGUGGGCGUGUGUGUCAGUGUCAGAACGGCGCCAGCUGUGACCACAUCAGUGGCAAGUGCACCUGCCGCACAGGCUUCACUGGACGGCAUUGCGAGCAGAGAUGUUCCCCAGGAACCUUUGGCUAUGGGUGUCAGCAGCUAUGUGAGUGCAUGAACAAUGCCACCUGUGAUCAUGUCACCGGCACCUGUUAUUGCAGCCCUGGAUUCAAAGGAAUCAGGUGUGACCAAGCUGCCCUCAUGAUGGAGGAGCUGAAUCCCUACACCAAGAUCAGCCCAGCGCUGGGUGCAGAACGGCACUCUGUGGGUGCUGUCACAGGCAUCGUCCUCCUGUUGUUCCUCGUUAUGGUGCUGCUGGGCCUGUUUGCCUGGCGGCGGCAGCGUCACAAAGAAAAGGGCCGCGACCUGGCUCCCCGUGUCUCCUAUACGCCCGCCAUGAGGAUGACCAGCACUGACUAUUCCCUCUCAGAUUUGUCUCAAAGUAGCAGCCAUGCCCAGUACUUUCCCAAUUCCAGCUACCAGGCACUGGCAUGCGGGGGGCCUGCCACCAGCCAGGCCAGCACUCUGGACAGGAACAGCCCCACCAAGCUCAGUAACAAGUCCCUUGACAGAGACACAGCAGGCUGGACUCCCUACAGCUAUGUGAACGUGUUAGACUCCCAUUUCCAGAUCAGUGCCCUGGAGGCCAGGUACCCGCCCGAGGACUUCUACAUUGAACUUAGACACAUCAGCCGCCCCGCUGAGCCACACUCACCAGGUGCUUGUGGAAUGGAUAGACGUCAGAACACAUACAUUAUGGACAAAGGCUUCAAAGAUUACAUGAAAGAAUCCAUGUGCAGUUCUAGCACUUGUUCCUUGAAUAGCAGCGAAAACCCUUAUGCUACAAUUAAGGAUCCACCCAUCCUCACCUGCAAGCUUCCAGAAAGCAGCUAUGUAGAAAUGAAGUCACCUGUGCACAGGGGUUCUCCAUACACAGAUGUGCCAUCAUUGUCGCCAUCUAAUAAAAAUAUAUAUGAAGUUGAGCCCACAGUCAGUGUGGUCCAAGAAGGCCGUGGUCGUAACACCAGCUAUAUCCAGAAUCCAUAUGACCUACCUAGGAACAGCCAUAUUCCUGGUCAUUAUGACCUCCUCCCAGUAAGACAGGGCCCUGCCAAUCGGCCCUCCCAGGACGAGCAGUCUUACAAGGGAUAAGCUUCUCUCUUGCAUUGUGCUCUGCUGAAUAUUCUCUGACUCUCUGAAAGAAGACAAUCCCUUGACUUGAACUAAUGGUCAGACUGACUCCAGCUGCAUCUAGUUUUUACAUUCACCUGGAAUUAAAGAACCACUUCCACGUGUGCUUGGGGUAAUCAUUCAAGGAACCUGUUCACAAAGGUAAAGCCUAUCACCCACCCAUGCUCAACCCCAAAGCUCUGGAUUAUAUGACUUUUAAAGCAUUUAUGAUUCAGCUACUCAUCAACAUCAACUAAAUAAAGCUAAAUGUGUGUGUAUAUAUAUAUAUAUAUACUAAAUGUAUAUAUAAAAUAUUUAUCUGAAACAUGAUGCUUAGAAAAGCAUGUAGAAUAGGUUUUACAAACCUUCCUUGGGGAAAAAGGGUCUGGGCAGGGAAGAAGAUUACUUUAAAGCACCUGAAAUGUAUGUGUACUUUUGGUUGCUGUUACCAUUAACUCUGUUUUAUUGCCUAAGAUAAUCAGUACACAGAAACAAACUACGCCAAUAUCAAUAAAGGACCUGUGUGUAUGUCUGGUCUAUCAAAUUACAAUGGCCAAUAUUACAGAGUUCAGUGUAUAGUCUAAUGCUGACAAUUUCAACUUUUUAAAAUAGGACUUAAUAAAUACAAAUUAAUUUUCUCUCUUCUCCCCUAUAAGUGGUAGUAGGCAAAAAGAAAAAGGGAAAACAUAAGUUUCCAAAGAAGCAGCCUCUUUGAGUCUUUAACAGUGAUUUCUAGACCAGCUUUACCACAUUUGCCAAUUCAAAGGUCAAGGAUAUUGCAAGUCAGUCCUGACCUUGCCAUAUCUUCCUUGUCCAUCCAACACCUGAGUCAUUCAUGUGAAAUAGAUUCUGAGAUGAUGGUUUAAGUAAGCAAUCACAGACUGACAAGAAUUAAGUAUCCCUAAAAAACACCAACUUUACCUCCCCAUUUUAUUUGGUUGGCACUCCUUGACUUCUGAGUACGUACUUUCAAGCUAUUCAUAAACUUCAAGCUUGAUGUAGUGUGGAAUCUAAAAGUGUAGAGGAAAUUGGACAUAGAAUGUAUCAUAUUUAAGUUGCUUAAAGUACAUUAGGCUUUUUUGAUGAAACUAAAUGAAAUAAUAAAGGAAUCGGCUAAAACCAGCUGCUGUAACAUGAUGUAAAAACUUUACAGUUAACAGUGUCUAAGGAAAUGAAGUACUUCUUCCACCUUAAAACCACUGGCUACUGAAAUGGCCAAAAAAUGUAUUACAAUGAACUAAUGCUUCAGAUCUCAGUAUUCAGAUGUGUCUAUACCUUCCACUACUAAUGAACAUAGAUCAGCUGAGGCUUGGGUGAGACAAAAUGGAGCCAACUCCUCAAGCCCUAAGGAGGACCUCCUCACAAGAAUUAAAGAUCAAAAGAAGAGCAAACCAAGGAAUUAGCCAAUAGCUAUUGGCCACCCUUAUACCACUCCAUUCUCUGAUACCAGUCAUGCCAGGAAAAAGUACUAAGGUAUACAGAAAAUGAAUUAAAUGACUGUGAAGCUAGAAUAGCUGCUACAGGAAGUAUGGUAGUUCUGAAGCCCUUGAUACAAAUUGGACAUCUGCUGUGGUAAACUGGGUAACAAACCAGUAAAAGAAAAUAAAUAAAUGAAUAAGUCCCCCCCACUUCACCCAAGGCUUAAUCAAAUUUUACUGUUAGGGCAAAAUAUAUAAUAUUUUCAUGAAUGCUGCAUGUGUGCAUGGGGGCAAGAGGUCAGGAAUAGCAAAUUUAUGUUCCAAAAAAAGCCUCAUUAAACUACAAAUACUAGAAAAUUACUUUGGAGAUCCAAGUAAAUAUUUCACAAACAUAUGUAGAAAGAAAUAUAGAUAAGAGACUUACCUCAGUGUUUUAGGGCAGCCAGUGCUCAAUUAUCUUUGUGAAGCAAGGAUCAAGGAGUAUGGCAAAGUUAGACCAGCAAAGAGAAACUUCAUCUCAAUCCCAGGCUUUAUCUUCUUUUCUUACCCUGCAUGUACAAUAACUGCUACCUGGCAAACUUCAAACAAGCAUCAUCAUUCAAGUUUCAAGUUGCACUUCUCUUUUGCCAGCUAUCUUGUGGGCAAAGGUAUUCAGCAAGAAAUGGCAUGGUGGAAUUGCUAGAGCACUGGGUCAAAAGAUUUGGUUAUUACCCUGGUCAAGUUAUUUGCCCUCUCUAGGGAGAAGCAGAGAGGAAAAGGAGUACUAACAAGCUUCAGCUCUAGCAUGCAAUGAUUUGUAAAGAAAUGUAACAAAAUUCAAAUCAGGCAAUAAAGAGAAGGGAAAGGCAGAGGGUGUGAUUAAUCUAUGGUGAAAGCAGCUGCCUUCACAUACCUGAGUUACCUAUAAAAGACCUUUCAAUCUUACAGAGCAACUGUUAGGAACUUCUAUCCAGCACUGGCACAAAUAGGUUCAUGGUCAGCCUAAGUAUGUGCACUGUGAUUCAGUUCAUUUUAUUGGUGACUUGGAAAGAUCUGUUCAAUUAUUUCACAGAAACUAAAUUUUCAAUCAAAUAAAUUGAUGUGCUCACAAUUCAAGUGACUAAAGAAAAUACAAUUAUUGUACAACAGCAUAAGUGAGACUGAAAUGGCAAUACUUUUUUUUAACAGAUUUGUAAUAUAUUUGUUCACUCUGCAGAGGUAUUGAACCUAGUACAAAAUAAAAUUAACUUCUCAAACUGAUUUUAAAUAAUGCCUACUGUCUUGUUGCAAACUGAAAAUGUAGUUAUAAUCUAACAGACAGAGCUAACCUACAUUUUGUGUGGUCACUUUAGGCAGCUAGAAGAGUGAAAAUUAUCCCAAUAAAUCCUUGAAAAUA